AUGACUUCUUCCAGAAUGUAUGUCAUCCCAACAAACGAAGAGGAUCAAACGAUGAUCGAGAGUCACGAGUUGUUAAGUAUGGCAUGUGCCAAAUAUAGAGAGGAGAAGAAUGCUCGGGAUAAAGAGCCCAGAUUACGGUACACGACAAUGCAGAUGUCACUGAUCGGACAUCUCUGUGAUGUGGUUCGAAAGGAAUUAGAUGAGUUGAAGAGAGCCGAGGAGCAGAAGAAGAGAAUCAAGAAAUAA